AUGGCAAUCUAUAACCCUCUUCUAAAAGCUUUUUAUAUUUUUAUUCAGUUGCUUUAUCCAUUUCCUUAGGCUAUUUGUUAGCACGUCCAUCUUAAAAUUCAUCAAUCAAGUUUGAUUUAGACUUUAAAAGCUCUAAAUUUGUGGGAACUAAUCCAUUGUUUUAUUAAUUUUUUUUCAUUGCAGUUUAAAUAAUAUCAAAACAUUCUUUGGUCUAAAAGCUUUCACAAAGCUGUAAACAGUUUGAACCUUUGUAAUCACGGACAUUUAGGUCAACUCCUCCAUAGCUUAACAAAAUCUUAGCACAUUCUGGUGAUUUAUAGAUACAACUGA